UCCUCUCCGAUCAACAAAAUUUCGUAUCUGAAAAAUUUUUUGGUUUCCUCCUUCAACGGCGACUUCUCGAACGACCCUCCCGCUUUUCUUUCUCGUUCACCUCUUCUUGUUUUCUUCUUCUUCUUCUGCUUCUGUUAUUUCGCUUCCUUCCGAUUCGGAUAAAGUUUCGGUGGCUUUUGUACUAUGAAUCCCUGUGCCCUUACAGUGCCAAUUUCAUAAUCAAUUACCUCACUAAGCUCUUCGAAGAUGAUCUCAUCUCCAUCGUCGACCUCCGCCUCGUCCCUUGGGGAAACGCCAAGCUUAGAGGGAACAACACCAUUGAUUGCCAGCACGGCCCAUAUGAAUGCUUAUUGAACACUGUGGAAGCUUGUGCCAUCGAUAUCUGGCCUCAACUGAAUGAACAUUUCCCUUUCAUCAAUUGCGUUGAAACAUUGGUGUACCAGCGCCAGUACCCUGAGUGGGAAUCCUGCUUUGAGAAAUUAGGAUUGGACUCUAAACUCAUUGCAGAUUGCUACACUAGUGGACAUGGGAAAGAGCUUGAACUAGAAUAUGCAGCUGAAACAAACAGCCUGCAUCCUC